AUGAAAGAAAAAGUCAAUUCAUCAAAAAUUUUUUACAUCAAUGAUUUUAAUAAUUUAAAGAAAAUUGAUUAUUCCGAAGACGAUUCAUCUAAUACAAAUAUAGGCAUGAGUAAAAUUCAAGCAAAAACUCUGUUUCAAAAAUAUUAUAUCGAUUUUGCUAGCUCUUCAAGUAUUCAUGGCUUUAAUCACAUGACAGCACCUCGGCGACAUUUAAUCGAACGUUUUUUAACCGCAUUCUUUAUAAUUGGAUCGUUCAUCAGUUUAAUAUUUUUAUCAUUGACAUUCUGGCAACGUUUUCAAGAUUUCUCUACAGUCGUUGUUUUCGAUCAUGAAUAUCGACGAUUCACAAUCACUCAGCCAGCUGUGAUAGCAUGUCCAAUAGUUCGCAUAGAUGAGAAUAAAUUUCCAGAAGUUUUCAAAAAGUACAAUUUAGCAGAUACCACUGAUAAUAGAUACUUCUUUCAAUUCCUUUCUAAUGCAACGUACUCCACAUUUGAUCUAACACCCGAGUUUACUACUGUCGAACCUACGAAGUGGUUAUCAAUUUUAAAUGAUCUUAAGCCAGAUGUCGAUUAUACCUCUUCAAAUUUAAACAAAGCUACAUGGGUUGUUACUGAACAAGGAUUUUGUCUAGCGUUUAAUAGUUAUGUCAGUCCAUAUUCUUCACUGGAAUAUUGGCAAAGCAACAAUUGGACAAUUUUACCACUUUUUGAUGAAGUUCAUUUUUAUGACUAUCAAAAUCGAGAAAUACCAAACACUAUCAAAAUAAAAACUCAUGAUGUUAUGGUCAGUAUUUACUAUCCUGGUUCAGUUGUAACUCUGGAAAACAAAUUCUACAAGUCAAUGCGCACAGCUAUGUCCCAAUUAACACUCUUUGUUGGUGAAAUAAGCAGUUCAAAUCAAGUUACAGAACUAUCAUUAACACAACGGAAGUGCAUGUUGUCCGAUGAAGGUAAACUCAAAAUGUGGCCAGUUUAUACUAAAGCAAUGUGUUCUCUUGAAUGUAGGUAUAAUAAUAUACUGAGAAUUUGCGGUUGUUAUCCACAUUUUGCUAGACCUACAAACGGAAUACCAAUAUGUGAUUCCAACCAACUUCAAUGCAUUGGUAAGAAUCUCGACAAAGUUCUGUCGUUGGAAGAAUGUGAUUGCUAUGCAGAUUGUGACACAACAUUUUAUCUUGAAGAAUCAUUUUCGACAAUCGAAUUAAAAAAAGGAUCUCCAGCGGAUGCAGUAGUAACAAUUACUAUCGUAUUUCCUACAGAUAAGUAUAAACGUGAACAAUUAUUUGGAUUCAACGAUUUUCUAGCUUCUGUCGGGGGGGCAGCAGGACUCUUCUUGGGGGCAUCCGUCAUAUCCUUCAUAGAAAUUUUGUAUUUUGCUACAUUACGUUUAUGUUGGUAUAAACAAAAAUUCAAUAAAAAAAAUAAAACAGAAUCGGUCACAUGGUUCAAUAAAAUUAAAUAG